AUAAAAUACCGUUAAACGACGACAACGAAUAUAACAUAUGGAACUUUUUUUCGAAAAUUCUUAUUCGGUACAGAAUUUUGUUUCACAAACUAAACAUAAAAAGUUGCACAAUUCUUUUUCUUCUUUUACUUCUUCUUUAAAGAAAAUCAAAAUUCUAGUCAGAAUUUUUUCUUUCGUGGACAGCAAAUCUUAAAGAAGGAGAAAAUAACCACCCCCAUCACAUCAAAAGUUUAUUUAGUAGUUUUUUUUUUUUGAUAGAAAUUCAAUGAUAAUUUGAACUGAAAACCAAAAGAAUGGCUGAAUUAUUUUCAUCAACACAAUUACCACCGACAAUAUCAACAAUGUCAUCAUCAUUGUUACCAUCAUUGACCGGUGGUGGUAGUAAUAGUGGUGGAAUAUCAGCUGCAGCCAAAAACAUUACACAAUUUGUUGAACAUCCGGGUAUUUUUUUACAAUCAUCAUCAGCAAAAAUAAUUGCGGGUAUUUUUGCAUGGACAGCAUUAUGUAUAACAUGUCAUCAGAUUUAUCAACAUUUAAAAUAUUAUACAAUGCCAUCAGAACAACGUUGGAUUGUUAGAAUAUUAUUUAUUGUUCCAAUUUAUGGCCUGGAUUCAUGGUUUAGUUUGUUAUUUUUUCGAGAUAAUUAUUAUGUUUAUUUCGAUAGUGUUCGUGAUUGGUAUGAAGCAUUUGUAAUCUACAAUUUUUUAAGCUUAUGUUAUGAAUAUCUUGGUGGUGAAGGUAAUAUUAUGUCGGAAAUACGUGGAAAACCAAUACGUUCUAGUUGGUAUUAUGGUACAUGUUGUUUAACCGGAAAAACCUAUUCGAUUGGAUUUUUACGUUUUUGUAAACAAGCAACACUGCAAUUUUGUGCUGUUAAACCAAUAAUGUCAUUUGCUGUUUUGAUUCUGCAAUCAUUUGGAAAAUAUCAUGAUGGUGAUUGGCGUGCUGAUUCUGGUUAUCUUUAUAUAACAAUGAUAUAUAAUAUAUCAGUUUCAUUAGCACUUUAUGGAUUGCUUUUAUUUUAUCAUGCAACAAGAGAUUUACUUAGUCCAUUUGAUCCUGUUUGGAAAUUUCUUACAGUAAAAUCUGUAAUAUUUUUAUCAUUUUGGCAAGGUGUUAUUUUGGCAAUUUUUGAACAAGCAGAUAUUAUUUCACCUGUUUUUACAUGGGAAGGACAAAAAGCAAGUGCUGGUACCGUAUCGGCUGGUUAUCAAAAUUUUUUAAUCUGUAUUGAAAUGUUUUUUGCAUCAUUAGCAUUACGUUAUGCUUUUCCACAUGGCAUCUAUAAAGGAAAUUAUUCAACCGAUACACAUGGUCGAUCGGUUACAAUGCAAAGUAUUUCAAGUAGUUUGAAAGAAACAAUGAAUCCUCGAGAUAUAAUGAAUGAUGCUAUUCAUAAUUUUCAUCCAAAUUAUCAACAAUAUACACAAUAUUCAUCAAAACCAGAUACAAAUCAUCAUCAAUAUGGAUCAUCGUCAUCACCAAAAACCAAUAAUGGUGGUUCGGGUGAAUCAACCAUAAAAUCACCAAUCAUAAAUGAUUCAAAUACAAAUAAUAAUUAUAAUAGUGGUAUGUCUGCUAUUGGUAGUUCAAUAGGAAAUAAUAAUUCGGGUGGUAUGGUAACAUUAUCGGCUGCUAAUCCAAUGGUUUCAUCAUCAUCAACGAUUACAACAACUGGUAGUGGUGGUGGUGGUAAUUCAAAUUUACAAUCGAAAACUGGUAAUGAUAAUGGAAAUGGUAAACCAAUUACAACACUUGGACCAAAUUAUUCGGAAAAAACAACAUUAUUAAGUUCGGAUGAUGAAUUUCAAUGAAAUUUGUUGUUUGAAUUUGAUUUGUUAUUGUUAAUUCAAGAUAUGGAAGACAUGAAAGUGAUGAUGAUUUGCAUACAACAACAAAAACAACAAUUUCUUUGUUUUUUUUCUGUUUUUCUUUAUUUCACCAAAAAAAAACAACAACAACAAAACUAAUCAAU